UAAAACACCAGUCUAACCGUCAGGCUCUUCAGACGCACAGCGCACUAGAAACAUCUGCAUCUACAAGAACUGGGAAAUCUAUUUGACAGAAAAAAUAAAAAUAAAACUGAAAAUCGAAACAUGGAUUUUCUAAAUCACAAUUAUUUGAAUGCUGGAAACUCUUAUGACUACACCUUUAAUUUUUGGAAUGACUAUCUGGGACUUUCUACUUUGGUGACCAAGAAUUCUAUCAACAAAAACAGCAUGCCACAAAGUCCGAAUUCCAUAACAGAGUCGCUGAAGGCAACCCUUGGCUUGGACGAUUCUGUGGCUUGCCCUUGUGUUGUCGGAGGCAGCGGUGAACGUGGGCACUUAGACUGCUUUUGCCCCUCUUCGAGCCCUCCCCCAACCUCCAUCCUCGACCUGGAGGAGCGCUUUUCCAUCUUCAGUCCAUUCCAGAACCAAAGCGGUGCCCUCCCGCAAGACAGAGACUCUGGCUUUGGGGGGACCUUUGCCGGCUUCGACCUCUUUGGAAUGGAGAGAAAGGUGAGAAAGACAGCGCCGAGGAAUAAGCAGGAACCCAAGAUCUGUGUCUUCUGUAGGAAUAACGGGGCACCGGAGGAGGUGUACGGAUCGCAUGUGCUGAAGACGCCAGACGGCAGGGUAGUCUGUCCGAUACUUCGGGCUUACACUUGCCCCCUAUGCAGUGCCAACGGGGAUAAUGCCCAUACCAUUAAGUACUGUCCACUUUCCAAAGAUCAGCCUCCCCAACGGCCACUCAAAGGAGGUAGGGCAGUUGGUGGCAAGAGACUGAAAAUAUUCUAAAAAAUAAUUAAAAUAAACAAAUACAAAAAAAAAAAAAGAAAUUAAAAAAUCUAAAUGAAUUAAGAAAUUGCACUGAACUGCUUUCAGAUGACUGUUUCAAUUUAGGCUUUCCCUGGUCUACUUUUCUUCUUUUUCACAUAAGCAAACACGUUUCAUUUUGCUAAAACAUAUAUGUUAUCAUAUGCAUAUAUUUUCUAUAUAUCUUUUUUUAAAAUUUUUUUUUUAAAUAAACCCCUUCAUCGUUUGGUAGGCACUAGUUCUUGGGCUGUUACAAUAAUAUUCUUAAAAUGUACAUUUAUUGAUGCAAUGAUUUGUUACCCGAUAACCUCGGAGAAAAGCAUUUUCAGCUGUGCAUUUCAAUUUUUUUUUUUUUUUUUUUUUUAUCUUAGCCUUCUACAUUGCUUGACUGAUUAACCAAAGUGUAUAGGUAAACAUAUAAUUAGUAAGUAUUUACAAAAGAAAAUAUGUCGUGUAAUACUGAAGUUUGUUGCCAGUCUUGUCAAAUAAUUUUAGCAGAUUUUUGCAGGACCUUCAGCACUGAUUAAAACAAUGUUCCAAGUUGUAAGUCCAUGGAAUUUGAUUAGAGUAGCGGAAAAAAAGGAAGUAAAAAGUACGUUAAUUUCUGCAUGUGUGUGAUUAGAGUACUUUAACACAUUAACAGUUGCGUUGCCAAAUUAAUUUAAAAAAAUACAAUUUUCCACAAGGAUUUUAAUACAAUAUGUUAUUUUUGUGGACAGAGAAACAAUGUUUACAACCUGGAAUGAAGGUAGAACAACACUGGAUUGUCUUUCUUUGUAGAUUAUAUAUGUAUAUUUUUUCUAUCAGUGUUGAUGUUUCUGUUAUUGAUUUUUUCAUUUGAUUGAAGCAAACUGAGGUUAGCUAUAAGUCAAUGCAGUGCAGUUGUAACAUUAGGAUCCAGGGGGAGCCACAGAGUUACAUACAAUAAAAUAAAUAAUUGUGGAACAAAACAUUUAAUAAAAAACACACACUGUGACCAGAUGUUUUUGUCUUAAAACAUUUUCUUUUCAUUUUUGCUUAUUGUUACAAAUUAAUAUAGCACGAAUGAAACAAUUGAAUGUUAUAUAUAAGCUUUUUAACCAAUGUAUUAUCCUUUUUGUAAAUGUACAAUUUAAAUCCAAAAAAAAGAUGCAAAAAUGUAGUGAAUGUAUUGAAAAAAAUAAACAGUGAAAGGUGAUACUAGCAGGACUGCACAUUUCAUACAGUUUUGUUUACCAAAGGAAUACACUUUUAAUGAAAAUAAAUAAAUGAAUAAAUUGAUAUGUAAUAGCUGUGUUGUGUAUAUAUAUAUAAAGUGUGUAAUGUUUAUUCAGUAUUUUAACAUUAUAAUAACUGACUUAAGAGGGUGCUACCUCAACAGAAUUGCUUUCGAAUAAUUACAAAUUUGUACUUAUUGUAAAGGUCAACAUUUGCAGUUUAUAAAUAGAGCGCUACCAUUUAUAAUAAGGGUUUUUAAUAGUAUUUUUGGGAUCUUUGUAUAACAUAAUUGUAUUUUUUUUGCAUUCUACAUUGGGGAGUCAAUUUCCAAUGCGCUCUAAGCAUUGUCAGCCAAAAGGCAGGUGUUGUAAAUAAUAAUAUUCAUGAGUUUUUAAAGUUGGGUUGUAAAAUGUUCAUUGUUGUUUGGUGAGAGAGAGAGAGAGAGAGAGAGAGAGAGAGAGAGAGAGAGAGAGAGAGAGAGAGAGAGAGUGGAAUAUGCUUAAAAAAUGAGUAGAAAUGUUGCCAGUUUUAACUGAAGUUUUUAAUUAAAGAAUACACUGUUGAAUUUUGUUAUUUAUAUUUUGUCACUAUUUUCUGUAUGCUGCAGUGUGGAGUAUUAAACAAAUGAAUUCACUACAGAAAUAAACAGCUUUAUCAAAUAUUUUAACUCUUAA